AUGCGUACCUCAGUCUUCACCGCCGUCACCCUCGCCGCUGGCGCCCUCGCCGCCAAGGAACAGGUUACCGUCUCCAAGCUGUCUGUUCACAGCAUUGAAAGCCCCGCUGGUCACAAGAUCCCGAGUGUCUCUUUGGUCGUCAACGGAGAUGAUGCCGACAACCUCAAGUGCUCCGCCAAGGAUCUUGGUUUCCCCAUGCCCGAAUACCUCCUACCCUGUGCCGGCUCCAACUAUAGCUUCACCCUUUGGGAGGGCCAGAGGGAUACAAAGUUCCAUGUCAUGGUGUACCAUGAUGUGGGAGAUUCUCAUGCCGACCUUCGAGGUGGCGCUGAUAUCCGCACCACAUGCGACAACGGCCAGGGCAGCGGCCCGGCUGACGAGAUCUGCACCCAGGUCAAGCCUGUGAGCUUCCAGAUUGACGGCCCUAUCGGACUCACCCCUUUUGAUUAG